UGCGUGAGUAUUUUGGAGAAGCUGUUUAAAGAAAAAAAACCUGAAAACAAAGUUUCACAUGGUGUGGUUGAUGGAUACACGUGUGAGGAUUUCAGAAUAUUUGAGUUAAUUUUUUUAACAUAUCAGCUGUUCUUCUGUGUUCAUAGCAGCCAAAAUGCCAAAGUCUAAAAGAGAUAAAAAAGUUUCAUUGACGAAAACAACUAAAAAGGAUCUGCAGUUUAAACAGCAGCUUGUUGAUGAAAUCAGAAGAUGCAUUGAAAACUAUUCAAGAAUAUUUGUCUUUUCAGUACAAAAUAUGAGGAAUGCCAAACUGAAGGACUUGCGCAGUGAAUGGAGACACAGCAGAUUCUUUUUUGGAAAGAACAAAGUAAUGGCUUUGGGUCUAGGGAAGACUGCAGAGACGGAAGUACAGGAUAAUCUGCACAAGUUGGCAAAGCAGUUGCGUGGUCAGUGCGGUUUGUUGUUCACUAAUAAAACAAAAGAGGAAGUGCUUGAGUGGUUCGACAACUUCAGCCAGGGUGAUUAUGCAAGAUCAGGUGGAGCAGCAACAGACACAAUAGUAUUACCUGCAGGUCCCUUGUCUCAAUUUCCUCACUCCAUUGAGCCACACCUAAGAUCUCUCGGCAUGCCUACAAGCCUUCAGAAAGGUGUUGUUACACUUGUCAAGGAUUACACUGUGUGUCGUGCUGGUGAAGUUCUAAAGCCUGAACAAGCUCGCAUACUGAAAUUGCUUGGCCAUGAAAUGGCAGUUUUCAGGCUUGUUAUGAAGUCUAUGUGGUCAAAAGAUGGUACAUUUGAGAAAUUCAAGAGAAAGAAAGAAGAAGAUGCAAUAGUAGAUCAUGAUGAUGAAAUGGAUGAUGCUGAAAUGGAAGAGUAUGCUAGCGAAGAAGAAAAUGAAUAGUAUUACCUGACUGAUUUACAUUUUAAUGUUCGUACUUAUAACUGUAAAUAUUCUACCUGACGUUACAAAAACUUCAAACAUUGUAAACUCUAUUUUAUGUAAUUAUGAAUUCAGUGUAAUGUGCCAGUAUGUGACAACUGCAGUGUUGCAGUAUUUUUAAAGAAACCAACUGAAGUAACCUAUAUACAUUUCAUAUAUUUAUAUCAGCAUAUAUUGUAACAAAAUUGAUGUAUGUAAUAUCUAAAUUUCUGAUGCAACUCAUAUACUAUUGUGAUAUUGCUGCACACUUGGAAUUUUGUGAACUAUCGAAGUGGAAAAUAUCUGGUAAUUACAAUUUUUCAUAACCAGCAUAAA